AUGGGCGUUCUUCGCACCGCGGUCAAGCAGUUCAGCAACACCUACAUCAUCUUGGACGGACUAGACGAGUGCCCCAGGAAGACCGGCCGAGGGUGUCUGCUCAAGGCGAUCGAGGAAAUGCGGGGCUGGUCAGACUCUCGACUGCAUCUGCUCGUGUCUAACCGCGAUGAGCCAGAUAUCCGAGACUAUCUUCGCCUGGCCACUCACGAGGAGGUCAAGAUCAACAAUGUCGACUUGGACAUUGAGACGUUUGUCACUGGAACCCUGCGGAACAACCGGAAUCUUCAAAGGGUGAGACAAUUUCAUCCCCUCAUUCAGGGUGCUCUUAUUUCGAGAGCGGAGGGAUCAUUCCGAUGGGUCGAGUGUAUGCUCACAGCCCUAGAAUCCUGCCCGGUGGUAGAAGCACCAGUCAAGAGCUUGUUUUCCUCUGUGCCAUACCCCUUGUGUGAAACCUAUGAGCGUAUGCUUCUAUAUGUCGAACAAGGCUUUCUCGAAGAUGCAAGGAGCAUCUUGACAUUGCUCUGCUCUGCUGAGCGACCGCUGACUGUUGCGGAAGUUGAUGGCACCUUGAGGAUGGGGCUUGGCGCAGAGGAUAUCCUUCUCUGCUGCCCAGGGCUCGUGGUUAUCGAGCACAACCAGGUCAGGCUGGUGCACAGUUCCGUGAGGGAAUAUCUGCAGUCGGAAAAUCUAGCUCAGGCGAAGUUUAGGGCAUCAAAUUUUUGGGUUCGCAAUGUUCCCGCUCAGUCUCAGGCUUAG